AUGUUUUUACAUAAUUUAAUUCAUUUUUUAUUUAUAAUUCUUCCUCCUAUUAUUAAUUUCUUGAAAUUUUUUUCUUCUAGAAAAUAAUAUUUUCUUAAAAAUAUAAAAAGUUACAAUCAAAUUGGUCCAUAGGGUGCAACAGAUUUAGCUUCUGCUUUAGCAAGAUGUGUUAAUUUUUAAAAUUUGACGCUUGAUCUUAGUAGAAAUGCUAUUGGUGAUCAUGGUGCAUAAAAAUUAGCUUUAGCUUUAGAAAAAUGCUAAAAUCUCUCAAAUUUAAAACUUGAUCUAACGUAAAGACAGUUUAUAUAUUUAUUUAUUUAUUUAUCUAUCUAUCUUUAAUAUAUUUUACUGUAAAAAUAAAAUUUUAUUGAUAUAUUUUAUUUAUUAGGUUUAUAUUCAAUAUUUCAUUUAACUUAUUUUUAAUUUAAAUAUUUAUUUUUUUAUAAAUUAAUUUCUUCUUUUUUAAUAUUUUUGAUUGAUUAUUUAUUUAUUUCUUUAAUAAAUUCUAUUUUAUUGAAUAUUUAAAUAGUUAUAAUUUUAUUGGUGAUUAUGGUGCAUUAAACAUAGUUUAAGCUUUAUAAAGUAUCAAUAUCUAUAGUUUGA